CCCCCCAUGUCCCCCCGCAGGCCUGCGCAACGCCCCGCGCUGCUGGGAUGUCAUCCAGCCCCUGCUCUGCGCCGUCUACAUGCCCAAGUGCGAGGACGGGCAGGUGGAGCUGCCCAGCCAGACCCUCUGCCAGGCCACCCGGGCGCCCUGCACCAUCGUGGAGCGCGAGCGCGGCUGGCCUGACUUCCUCAAGUGCACGCCCGACCGCUUCCCCGAGGGAUGUCCGAACGAGGUGCAGAACAUCAAGUUCAACAGCUCGGGGCAGUGCGAGGCGCCGCUGGUGCGGACGGACAACCCCAAGAGCUGGUACGAAGACGUGGAAGGUUGUGGCAUCCAGUGCCAGAACCCGCUCUUCACCGAGAAGGAGCACCGCGAGAUGCACGUCUACAUCGCCGCCUUCAGCUCCGUCACCAUCUUCUGCACCUUCUUCACCCUGGCCACGUUUGUCGCCGACUGGAGGAACUCCAACCGCUACCCCGCCGUCAUCCUCUUCUACGUCAACGCCUGCUUCUUCGUGGGCAGCAUCGGUUGGUUGGCGCAGUUCAUGGACGGCGCCCGCGAUGAGAUCGUGUGCCGGGCCGAUGGCACCAUGAGGCUGGGGGAACCCACCUCCAACGAGACACUCUCCUGCGUCAUCAUCUUCGUCAUCGUUUACUACUCGCUGAUGUCGGGUGUCAUCUGGUUCGUCAUGUUGACCUACGCCUGGCACACCUCCUUCAAGGCGCUGGGCACCACCUACCAGCCGCUGGUGGGCAAGACCUCCUACUUCCACCUCAUCACCUGGUCCAUCCCCUUCGUCCUCACCGUGGCCAUCCUGGCCGUGGCGCAGGUGGAUGGUGACUCUGUCAGUGGCAUCUGCUUCGUGGGCUACAAGAAUUACCGCUACCGGGCCGGCUUCGUCCUGGCGCCCAUUGGGCUCGUCCUCAUCGUUGGGGGCUACUUCCUCAUCCGGGGGGUCAUGACGCUCUUCUCCAUCAAGAGCAACCACCCCGGGCUGCUGAGCGAGAAGGCGGCCAGCAAGAUCAACGAGACCAUGCUGCGGUUGGGCAUCUUCGGCUUCUUGGCCUUCGGCUUCGUCUUCAUCACUUUUGGCUGCCACUUCUACGACUUCUUCAACCAGGCGGAGUGGGAGCGCAGCUUCCGGGAAUACGUCCUGUGCGAGGCCAACGUGACCAUCGCCACGCAGACCAACAAGCCCAUCCCGGACUGUGAGAUCAAGAACCGGCCGAGUCUUCUGGUGGAGAAGAUCAACCUCUUCGCCAUGUUCGGCACUGGCGUCUCCAUGAGCACCUGGGUCUGGACCAAGGCCACCUUGCUCAUCUGGAAGCGCACUUGGUGCAGGCUGACGGGACAGAGUGACGACCAACCCAAGAGGAUCAAGAAGAGCAAGAUGAUCGCCAAAGCCUUCUCCAAGCGCAAGGAGCUGCUGCGCGACCCAGGCCAGGAGUUGUCCUUCAGCAUGCACACCGUCUCGCACGACGGCCCCGUGGCUGGAUUGGCGUUUGACAUCAACGAGCCGUCGGCUGAUGUGUCCUCGGCGUGGGCCCAGCACGUCACCAAGAUGGUGGCCAGGAGAGGGGCUAUCCUGCCCCAGGACGUCUCCGUGACACCCGUGGCGACACCUGUGCCACCAGAGGAGAGGGCCAACCUCUGGGUGGUGGAAGCCGACGUCUCCCCCGAGUUGCAGAAGCGCAGCGCCCGCAAGAAGAAGCGGAGGAAGAAGAAGAAGGAGGAGGUGUACCCAGACCCCCAACGCUGCCCGGGGGGGGGUCCAGCAGUACCCCCAGCCCCCAGCGCCGUCCCACGCCUGCCUCGGUUGCCCCCCCAGCCCUGCCUGGUCACCUUCUCCCCCGACGUCCUCCCGGGGCUCCAACCUGAAGCCUCUUUCCCCGGGGGGGUGCCGUGGGACGGGCGCCGCCGAGCCAACGUCUUCCACCUCAUCAGCAACCCCUUCUGCCCCGAGAGUGGCUCCCCAGAGGAGGAGGAGGAGGAGAGCCCUGGUCCCAGCAACAGGCACAGGCAGCAAAAUGGGGGGCCGCUGUGGCCCCCCAACCCCCUGCCCCACGGCGGGGGGGUGAGGACUCACGGCCGACGCACCGGCUUGGCCCCCAUCCACUCUCGGACCAACCUGGUGGAAGCGGAGCUGCUGGACGCCGAUUCGGACUUUUAAGCCCCAGGGGGGGACAAGGACACUUGGGGUGAGACCCAAAGCCCCCUCCAGCCUGCGAGGGGACACCGAAGCC